AUGGGUACAAAUCUUUCCCAUUGCCCUCAGAUGUCAGCCAGUGCCACUCACCACCGCCCAGGGACUUGCCUUGCAUGUUCAACUUGUGCAGAGAGGACUCUGCUCCAAAUGCCUCAGGGCUGCCCCCAUCUCCUGAAAACCUGCCAUGUGACUCCUGUCAGCCAAGGUCACAGGGUUUGGCCACACCUGUGCCACUCACAGCCGUCUUCAUCUGUCAGCAGGAAGAAAAGAGGAGAGAGCAGGAAGACGGGUAGAAAAGGAGGAAGAGAGAGGGAUAGAGAGAGAGGCAAGGAGGCUGCAUUUAGCAUUUGGACAGAGUGGCUGACAGUCACCGUGGGAGAGGCUUGCAAUGUCCUCAGCAACUUCCACCAGCUCUUUGCCCAGUGGCCUGGCUGUCCUGACGACUUUCCCAGAUGUGCUCUUCAUUCCUGAAAUCAUCUUUGGAGGCCUUGUCUGGAUCCUGGUGGCAUCCUCAAAGGUCCCAAUACCCAUGCUGCAAGGCUGGGUGAUGUUUGUCUCCGUGUUCUGCUUCGUCAUGUCCACUACCCUCAUGUGCCUCUACUUCUGUGGGGCCCAUGGGGGCAGCAGCUUCUGGGUCACCUUGGAUGCCAUUUGCCAGGGGACAGCAUCUCUGUUCUACCUCAGUGCCGCUGUGUUGGAAGCCUCCGCGACUUAUGUUGCCGCCGGCUCGUUCACAGCAGAGAUCUAUAGGGAGAACAUUGCUGCUGUGGUAUUUGCAUUCGUAACUACCCUGGUUUACGUGAUCCACAAGGUGUUCUCGCUCCUGCGAUGGAAAUCAUCCUGAGAGCCUCCCCUCGGAAGUGUGUCCUGUGGUCAUCUCAAGAACAGUGAUUGCAGUUUCCAGGCUGGCUUUGGGUUUUGGGUUUUUUAAUGUAAAUACUAUAAACAAGUGGGUUUUUAUGUGGGAUCUUGGCAAAGAAGACAAGGAGCCUGCCAGAGAAAGGUAUAUCCUGGCACAGUCUGUUUCCCUUCAGUCUCUUCUGGGCUGGGUACAGUCUGAUGCUGAUAAGUGGGGCCCAAAAUAAAAAAAAACAACAUAGUAUAGUUGGAUUCAAAGUACUAAAAUCUCCCCGAACUGUUCCUUUAUGCCUCCAGGGUUUUUAUUGCAGUCAGGGGAAACUGGACAACCAGCACUAAGGAUCAUGAGUAUGAAACUGUGUCAUUUUCAUUGCUGCCUGUCCAUUUAAGUCUGUGUCUUUCCCUAAACCUGCUGUACCAAAUUAAUAUUUUCAUGCAGUUCCUGAAAAUGCCUUCAUUGACUUGUGAUGAGAAAUGGGGACAAUAUUUAACUUGCCUUGGGAGCAAUAUGAAUUGUUGCAGCCCCUGAAGGGUACUGCUGAAUUUUGAGGAAUUGGGUAAUACUGAAUAAUUGAAAUAAUGCCAGGAAUUACCACUGUAUUUGAUCCCCCUACAAAAUACAACUUUGGAAGGUGUGCAGUAGACUGUAGGAGAAUUGUAUGGAUGAUUAGAAUGACAUCUCGAAUAAGCAAUCAAUUCUUGUCUUUGGUGAAUGGCUACUCUUUCUUACAGUAGCACUAUGUCGCUAAUAAAGAUGGGUUUGCUGUGAUUUUGAAAA